GUUCUCUGCAUCUGAGCGUCACAAAGAGCGUCACGGUACGUUAGGCUAAUAAUAAAACCUGAUUAUGGCCCCGUAUGAAGUUCUAGAAUUGCUCUCUGCCCGCCCCAGCUAGAAAUGCGACUGCUUUUUGGGGGCGUCGACGUCAGAGGGGGGAACUUUGUGUCUGAAUCUGGCAACCCGGGACGAACCCUGCCGGCUUAGCUUGUGUUUCCUUCCUUGUUCCUUCCUUCCUCCCCCACUCAGCUGAACGUCCGCACAAGGCAACCGGCUCCCUAAGCAUCAUGUCGAAAGUUGCGGACACUAAGCUCUACGACAUCCUCGGCGUUUCCCCAUCGGCCUCUGAAAAUGAACUUAAGAAGGCCUAUCGCAAAUUGGCUAAAGAGUACCAUCCUGACAAGAAUCCAGAUGCUGGAGACAAGUUCAAAGAAAUCAGUUUUGCAUAUGAAGUAUUGACAACCCCAGAGAAGAAGGACCUCUACGACCGCUAUGGAGAGCAAGGACUACGGGAGGGUGGAGGCGGUGGGCCCGGUAUGGACGAUAUCUUCUCUCACAUUUUCGGCGGAGGACUCUUUGGAUUUAUGGGGGGACAGGGCAGAGGCCGCAACGGGGGACGGAGGCGAGGCGAAGACAUGGUGCACCCUCUCAAAGUUUCACUUGAAGACCUCUACAAUGGUAAAACUACUAAACUCCAGCUGAGCAAGAAUGUGCUUUGUGCUGCUUGCAAUGGUCAGGGGGGCAAGGCAGGCGCAGUGCAGAAGUGUGUGGCAUGCCGAGGAUUAGGUAUGAGGGUGGUCAUCAGACAGCUGGCCCCUGGUAUGGUCCAACAGGUUCAGUCAGUCUGUUCGGACUGCAAAGGAGAGGGCGAGGUAAUCAAUGAGAAAGAUCGCUGUAAAAAGUGUGAAGGCCAUAAAGUGAGUAAGGAAACAAAGCUGCUUGAGGUGCACGUGGACAAAGGCAUGAGACACGGACAAAAGAUCACAUUUACCGGGGAAGCUGACCAAGCGCCAGGCGUGGAGCCUGGAGACAUUGUCCUCGUCUUACAGGAGAAAGAACACGAGGAAUUCCGCCGGGAAGGCAGCGACCUUCACAUGGUGCAGCGCAUUGGCCUGGUCGAAGCUCUAUGUGGCUUCCAGAUAACUGUCACACACCUAGAUGGACGGCAGCUGCUUGUCAAGUACCCACCCGGCAAGGUCAUAGAACCAGGCUGCAUUCGCAUGGUGAAGGGAGAGGGAAUGCCACAGUACAGAAACCCCUUUGAGAAGGGAGACCUCUACAUCAAGUUUGACGUGCAGUUCCCGGAGAACAACUGGAUUAGCCCCGACAAGCUGAAUGAGCUGGAGUGCCUGCUGCCGGGCCGCGCCGACGAUCCCCUCAUUUCCGCCGACGCAGAGGAAGUGGACCUGAUGGAUUUCGACAGGAAUCAAGGGUCAGGUGGGGGCGCCCGGAGAGAGGCCUACAAUGACAGCUCUGACGAGGAGGGCGGCCAUCACGGGCCGGGGGUGCAGUGCGCGCACCAGUAGAAAAGACAUUGACGCAUUUACAUCGCAUCAUCCUUCCAGCCCCACUGCUACAACACCAUUCAAGACUUGAUACACACACCUCCUGUCACUCUCACACACACACACACGGACCCUCCUCAAUCAGUUUUUUUGGUGCCCAUCAGAGAUACCGGAGUGGUGGUGAUCAUUUUGUGUUUAAUGGACAGUAGUGCUCAGCAAAGCCUCAGGCCAAAACUUGACUCAGACCUCCGUGUUGGCUGUUCACUCUGACAAACCGCAGUCAGUCUAGUGUAAAAGAAUAAAAAAAGCAACAUUUUGCCAACUAGUGUA